GAGUUAAGAUUCAUUUUGUUGAUGUUUAUCAAUUAACUAUUACUUGAAGACCCUGAUCACCAUAUAACCUGAAGCUAGCAGUGAAAGAUUAAGAGGAGAUUAUAGUGAGAAAGGCUCGAUCAAAAGAGAUGGCUGGAGGGGGUUUUACAAGUGAUGGAAAUCUAAAAAGAGCUCAUCUUUAUGAGUAUAGAAUUACUGGUUAUUUCAUAUUUGCUUGUGUUGUUGCAGCACUUGGAGGAUCACUUUUUGGGUAUGAUCUUGGUGUAUCUGGUGGAGUAACUUCCAUGGAUGAUUUCUUGAAGCAUUUCUUUCCGAAAGUGUACAGGAGAAAACAAAAGCAUCUCAAUGAGACAGAUUACUGCAAGUAUGACAAUCAGAUUCUAACACUUUUUACAUCAUCAUUGUAUUUUGCAGCCCUCAUUUCCACUUUUGGAGCAUCCCAUGUAACGAGAAAUAAAGGCAGGAAAGGAAGCAUUAUUGUGGGAUCUAUUAGUUUCUUUCUGGGUGCAACUCUUAAUGCAGCUGCUGUGAACAUUUGGAUGCUAAUCAUCGGAAGAGUACUUCUUGGAGUAGGCAUUGGCUUCAGCAACCAGGCAGUUCCUUUAUAUCUCUCAGAAAUGGCUCCAGCAAAAAUCCGAGGAGCGGUUAACCAACUGUUUCAGCUUACAACCUGCUUAGGAAUUCUGAUAGCGACUCUGAUAAAUUAUGGAACUGAAAAAAUCCAUCCAUGGGGAUGGAGAUUAUCUCUUGGUUUAGCUACAGUUCCAGCAACACUAAUGUUUAUUGGUGGCCUUUUCCUUCCUGAGACACCAAACAGCCUCGUAGAACAAGGGAGAUUAGAAGAAGCCAAACAAGUAUUACAGAAAGUCAGAGGUACUAAGAACAUCGAUGCUGAAUUUGCUGAUCUUAUGGAUGCAAGUAAUGAAGCUCGAGCAAUAAAACAUCCUUUCAGGAAUCUUUUCAGAAGGAAAAAUAGGCCUCAAUUGGUAAUAGGAGCUAUAGGAAUUCCAAUGUUUCAACAAUUGACAGGAAAUAAUUCCAUUCUUUUCUAUGCUCCUGUGUUUUUUCAAAGCUUGGGUUUUGGUUCUGGUGCAUCUCUAUAUUCAUCUGUUAUAACAAGUGGAGCUCUGGUUGUUGGUGCUCUUAUGUCAAUGGCUUUCGUAGAUAAAUUUGGCAGAAGAGCUUUCUUUCUUGAAGCUGGUUUUGAAAUGUUCGUCUGUAUGGUUGCUACAGGUGUAACUUUAGCCCUCAAGUUCGGACAAGGACAAACCCUUCCAAAAGGAAUUGGCAUUUUCUUAGUAGUUGCACUUUGCUUAUUUGUGCUGGCUUUUGGAAGGUCUUGGGGUCCACUGGGUUGGCUAGUUCCAAGUGAACUCUUUCCAUUAGAGACAAGAUCAGCUGGACAGAGUAUAGUUGUCUGUGUUAAUAUGAUCUUCACUGCUUUGAUAGCUCAAUGUUUCCUCGUCUCUCUCUGUCACCUCCGGUAUGGGAUUUUCUUGCUGUUUGCCGGAUUGAUGGUGAUCAUGACUGCUUUCAUCUUCUUCCUCUUGCCAGAAACAAAGCAAGUACCAAUAGAAGAGGUAUACCUUCUCUUUCAAAACCAUUGGUUCUGGAAGAAAAUUGUAGGAGAUGGAGAUAAAGGUGAUGCUGAUGAAAAAUCAGGAUCACAAGCUUAAAUAAUUACCAACAUUUAUUUAUUAUUCGGUCAAAUUUGUUUAGGGCUCUAUACUUCUUUCUUUGUUCAUUUCUGUCAAUAAAAUGGCUUCCAAUUAAUUUCUUUGAA